UAAUAAAAAAAAUUGAUUUUAAGAACUACCAUUUACGACAUUUACGUUCCAUAGACGCUAACCACACGGUCAAAACAAUUGCGUUAACGAUGAGUAACGUCGUUCAGUAUGUACUGGUGCGCGGCGAUCUGACUAGAGUCCUGAAAUGGCCGACUGGCGCCGUUAUAGCCCAAGCGUGUCACGCGUGUGUCGCCGCCGUACACACUUAUUACUCGGACCCGGACACACAGGCGUAUCUGAAAGACCUCGGGAACAUGCACAAAGUCGUAUUAGAAGUACCUGACGAGUCGACAUUGUUAAGCGUAGCCGAGGCUAUGACAUCUGAUGGUGUGCAUCACGUUGUGUGGAAAGAACAGCCCGAGGACGUGGCCACGUGUCUGGCGCUUAAACCUUGUGCCAAGGGUGCAGUAAGCAAGUACGUGAGGAAGUUCAAGUUGUACAGUGCGUGAUUUCAGUGACGGCGGCGGCGGCGGCGGCGGAUACGUGGGUGUGCAGGAAGAGCCCACUCUACGAUGAUGACAACCACGGUAAUAACAUGGUAAGCCCGUGGGGAUCAACGGCCACCACCAAUUGACAUCAAUCAUUUAAUUGGCCGCCGUGGAAUUCAAUAAUAAUAAUAAUAAUAAUAAACGACAAUGGUCACCUUAAAUACACGUACAAUCGUUUUGAUUACAA